AGACUGCCUGGAACGUGAGGAUAUUUCAGGUCAGGCUUCACAUUAGUGGGUUUAAUUAGGAUACGUCUUAAAGCUUCACAACGUCCAUUUUCAAAUGUAACACAAAAUUGCAUUUUAUUCAAAGCCCAGACUUUAACUGUCAGGUGUGAAAAAAUAUAUAUAUAUAAAUAUUUAUCGUCAUAAAAUGAAUGAAUUGAUAUUUUUGUGUAUUUUAACAACCAUCUUAGUGCGCGUGUCCUAUUUUCCUCUGCGCCACUUGCCGUAUAUCAAAUACGGUAGCAAAGUGAUGAACGCGUUUUGGAUCCAGAGAUGGGAUCGGUUGACAGCGAGGGGAGCAAACUCCACCCAGCAGUGAGGUUCUCGGGCGGGCGGAGCGGCGCGGCGCGGCGCGCGCCCAGAGGACGCGGGCUGCUUGGUCGGAACGCUUCGACACGUCCCGCAGACAACUUCUCCGGAGCAAAGUCCAGCCCGCGCGCGAGGCAGGCCAGGUGGAAGUUGACGCGCGAGCGCGUGCCGGGAAAGAAAAUCACAUGUCACCUUAGGGGAACGCUCCAAAGAUGGCGGUGGUGUUAGCGACCGGAGUUUCGGGUGCCCCCGGAGUGGGGAAAAGUGGGUUCGUGGAGGUUCUGGUGCGAGAGUGUUGGCACAAAGUUUUGAUCAACUUGAACGAGGAAGCGCUGACGUUGAGCUGCGGGGACGGCGGCGUCGGCGACGACGCGGGCGACGAUGUCAACUCCAACGGCGUCACCAACGGCUCGUACCUGGACAACAACAACGCCAACUCCAACAACGGCCCCCGGAGCGCGCGCGCCGCGUGCGCGGACGUCCCGGAGCGAGUGCCCGAGACCAUCGCCAACAGAAAGCGGUGCGUCAAGGUGGCGAAGCAGGAGAUCGGCGGGCUGGGGAUCAGCAUCAAGGGGGGGAAGGAGAACAAGAUGCCCAUCCUCAUCAGUAAGAUAUUCAAGGGGCUCGCGGCGGACCAGACCCAGGCUCUGUACGUGGGGGACGCCAUCCUGUCCGUGAACGGCGUGAACCUGCGGGACGCGACGCACGACGAGGCGGUGCAGGCGCUGAAGCGAGCCGGGCGAGAGGUGACUCUGGAAGUGAAGUACAUGCGUGAGGCCACGCCGUACGUCAAGAAGGGCUCCCCCGUGUCCGAGAUCGGCUGGGAGACCCCCCCUCCCGAGUCCCCUCGCCUCGGCAGCCCCGCCUUCGCCCCCUCGCCGUGCACCUCGCCUGACCCUCCCAGCUCCCCCGUCCAGGCCUCCCUGUCUCCGCUGGGCGACAGGAGGUGCAUCCCGCUUAAAAUGUGCUACGUGACCCGAGCCAUGACCACCCCGGACCCCGAAAACAGACAACUGGAGUUGCACUCCCCCGACGCCAGGCACACCGUGGUGCUGCGCUGCCCAGACCAACCAUCUGCCCUCUCCUGGUUCUGUGCCAUGCACUCAGUCACAGCCUCGCUGGCGCAGCGAGCGCUGGCGGAGGUCAUCCAGAACUCAGCCAGGACGGAGGUUGCUGGCAGCAGAGAGAUACGACACCUGGGCUGGCUGGCAGGGAAGACAGAGAGCGAGAAGCAGUGCUGGAAGCCGACGCUGGUGGCGGUGACCGAGAAAGACCUGCUCCUCUACAACAGCCUCCCGCGGAGCAGGGAAGCCUGGCAGAGCCCUGCACACAGCUACCCGCUGCUGGCGACGCGUCUGGUCCACUCUGGCCCGGACCGAGGCUCCCCUCACUCGGGCACCGAGCUGUUCUUCGCCACCCGCACCGGCACGCGGCUCGGCAUCGAGACCCACCUGUUCCGGGCCGAGACCACCAAAGACCUGUCCGUGUGGACCAGACACAUAGUCAGUGGAUGCCACGCCUCUGCCGAGAUGAUCAAAGAAGUCACUACGAGUUGUCUGUACCGGGGUCAGGAGUGUCGGCUGGUCAUACACUAUGAACAGGGCUUCUCUGUGCUGGCUGACCCCAGACCAGCUGACGGGGAGAGCGUGGAGGCAGCGGGAGCCCACACCCCCAGCAGGCCCAGAGUGCUUCUGUCCUACCCCUUCGAAAGGCUAAAGAUGUCCUCGGACGACGGCGUUCGCAUGCUCUUCCUCGACUUUGGAGGGCGGGAGGGCGAGAUUCAACUGGACCUCCACUCGUGUCCGAAGCCGAUAGUCUUCAUCCUCCACUCCUUCCUCUCGGCUAAGAUCUCCCGCCUGGGUCUGGUGGCCUGACCGCCGCAAAGGGACGCUUCACUCCCCAUGAACCGGACCUCCCCCUCCCCCGUUUGUCCUCCUCUGUGCCGCCCGCAUGCAGCGCACCCUGUCAGACAUCUGCAGUCAGGGACCCGAGCUGUGUGAACGCACUGUAGACUCUGGAGCGUGACCUUUUUUGGGAGUUUUUCCGAGUUAAAGAAACACUAGAGAAAGCAUUCCUUUGGUUUUGCUUUGAGCUUUACAAGCAGCCGGGACCCUCGCAAGCAACGCGGUGGGACGAUCGGACCCAUGAAGAGGAGCAGGUUGGGUUUCACUGUCACAUCCAGGCUGGGAGACACCGGACGAGUGCAGCAGGGUUGAGAUGGAUUUACUUACAACUCAAUCAAACUGUAAUGGCAAACUGCCUUCCACUUACAUUUAUAUAAUUUAUUGCCCAUUACCCCCGAAAGGACCAUCUGAAUUCCACUUGUCAUCCUUCUUCCACAAACACUUGACGCACCGUGGAAAAACUUUACGCGUUUGUCUUUGUUAGCGUCCCCUGAAAUGUCUUGUUAGCAGCGUCAGCAUUCGUCAGUGAGACGCGUCCGUGCGGCUCACCUCACAUUCUGAAUCCCACAGUCCGUCUUCUCUGAGCCUGCGUACGCGGCCCGGUCCGAAUCGAACGCAAAGUUAGUCAUUGGCUGAAAUAUUAUGUCAGAGCUUUCCCGUAAAACUGAGAAAACAGGGUUAGAUGCAGGACAGAGCGCCGGAGGCUCGUUAUCUGGGACACAGUCGGCUCGGAUCUGUCCAAACAUAACAAAACCUCUAAAGCUCCUCAUUAAAAGGCUCUCUCUGCUUUGUUUUAUCGGCAGCCUGCUGGUACGUAGGUGGAUUUCAUUCCCUUAUUUGGACCGAGCCAGUCCAGAUGUUUCCACACACACAGCUCACCUGUAAAAACAAGGCCGUGUUUGGGCUCCAGGUAGCCUAGCGUAGCACAGACACGCAUGAAGAGAAGCAGGGCUGAAAGGAAGCCGACGUAACGUUCACGAGGGGGCGUUUAUAGGUGGGGUUUGCUACCGUACGGCAUGAAUAGAAUUGAUCUCCAUAAAAUCUCAGAAAAAGCAAAUAUAUGUGGAAACUGAUUCUGGUCAUUGUUUCUCCAAACCCCACUGAGAGUCUGAGCUCCGGCAAAACAAAACACGGUGUUCUUCACUCCCUGAUCUUUAAUUUCAAGCUGCAAUGAAGUGUAAGUAUUUAAAGAACUAGAGUCUUGAAUAAUUGAAGCAAUUGUUAUUACAGUACGUAGGAUCCCUGAGACAUCACGUGGUGCCUCAGCCACUUGAAGUGUUAUUUCCGUGUCAUUCCAGCGAGGUGGCCGUCGCAGGAGGCGUUCGUCCUGCUUUGGUCCUGCUGCUGCGUGCACGCUAUUAUUUCUGUGACACGGCCGGCAGGCAGCUCUUUUCAUGUGCCUUCACAGAAGAAAAUAAACAUUUGAUUUUUGAAAGGAAUGAGUCGUUGUGAUCUCGGGACGGACUCGGAGCAGCUGCGUGGCUUCUAUCGCGACUUUACUCCUGGUUGUGUGAAUAGAAAUGAAGCUUUGGUUUCCUCUAUAUCACAACAAGGACUUCUAACGACUAUUUACACACAAACUGUGACACUGUGAUACAAUGUAACAUGAUCUGUUUAAAAAAAAAAAAAGCAGUGGAGGCGAAGAAGAAGAAUCCAGCACAUACUGAUGAUGGGGUUUGGGAAGGGGCUGCCUCUGAAGCCUUUGGCAGCCAUUGUCGCUCUGGAUGAUUAAAACCCAGUGUCCAACUCCAACUGUGUAGAUAAAUCAUGAAUUUAAAGCAAUGACAGGAGUUGGGUUUCUUCUUUUCUUUUGCUUGUGGUUAAUUUGCAAUGUUAUUUGUAAAGUUCACUACAGCAAUUGAAUGUCAGCCUGCUCAGACGGAUUGUUGGGUCCUAAUUUAUAGCACAUUAUUGUGGGCUCAUUUUGAUUUGGCCGGUGAGUGUUUUUUUACAGUCCAGCUUUUACAGACUGAGCGUAAUUAGGGUGUGGGCGACCGCUGGGUUCAGGUAGUGAACUGGGAGCUUUUCCCAGGUCGUUAUUGAUCCCAGUCAGUCUCUUAUGUGGAACUAAACAGUUACACAUAGUAACUUUUGCAUGAUGUGACAGGCAAACAGAGAAAGUCCCUGAUUGAGAGCUGAGAAUGUGUUUUCAACUGCUUUCUGGUUAAAAAGGCGGAGACGGUACUGACUGAGCUGAUCAGCUUUUCACGGGAGAGGAGCCAGAUAGCGAUCGGCCGUAAACUGAGCGGGUACGGAAGAGUUGAUGUAUGAAUGGUGUCCGUGGGCACAUGGGAAUCUGAGACACGCAAAAAACAUUUGGCUACAGUUGUGCGUUUGUAGGCGAAUGGAGGGAACGGUAGCUUUUCUCUUGGCUCAGUCUGUUGGUGCAUUCUUCAUGUGGCAUGUUGUCACAAGCUGUGUGUGUGUGUGUGUGUGUGUGUGUGUGGGCGCGCGUGCGUGCGUGCGUGUGCGUGUGGUACAAUAAAAAGAUUACUACAAUAAAAAGCGAGAGGAGGAAAUAAUGGUUGGCAAAAGUAGUGGAUGGACUGAACAAUCGAACUUCCGCUGAAAAACCGCAGCAAUUAUUCAGUUCUUGCUAAGUGUUUUCAAACGUUAAUUGCUGAACAGAAAUCCUUUCUUUAUGGUUAAAGCGGUGUUUUUGGCUAAAUUUUCGAUUCUUGCAAAACAAGCCCAGCUUUUAAAUUUUUAAUUUGCCCACGUCUACUGAGAACCGACCGUCUUCCAGCCUUUUCCCACGUCUGCGAUUCCAGGUGAUUCUCAUUAGCCGCUUGGCUCUGAUCAGCCCGUCCGUCUCCACACUGUGGCGUUUAAUCAUGCUCUACGCUGCACGUGGGUAGAGUUGUUGAAAUGAUGCCUGCCACCAGCGUGUGCGUGAUUAAGUGCCUUCUGAAGGGGUGCAUCUGUCACACCGGACUGAUCCAGAGUCAGACCUCUAAUUCAGCCCGGAUCAACGCGUUGCCAGGAGUACGUCCUAUCCAUGCAGUCUAGCGGCCAAUGCCAAAGCCGCCGGACGAUGUUGGAGGACGAAGCGGACUUGAAACAUGACCGGGACGGGAACGGUCGAUUUCAUGGCUGCUGCAGGAGAGACCAGAUCGCUGCCUUCCACAGCUGGACUCCACCUUAGUGUGACUCUGCUUCAUCUCAAGAGGCCUGUACGAAACCAGUUUAGCUGAAGUUCACUUUACUUCGCUAGCACCAUAAAAUAUUUUAACAACUUUUCUAUUUAUGGCCAAAGCCUCUUUAUUUUCGUUAGUUCUUUUUCAGUUAGUUUUCAUUUAAUUAGUUUUUUAAUAAAUGCAUUCUGAUGAAUGUCCUGUCCAGUACCAGCAGUCUUUCCAAACUUUCAGUAUGCAGAUAAUGACGAGAUGAUGCAUUCACUGCCGUCGACUGGCUUCAUCAUUAGAAUGACUGCAUUUUUAUAUUUAGAAAGAAGCAACUCCCAGAUGAGGGGAGAGAUGUUCACUAGUUCACAUGGGGAUUUAAGGGUCAAGACCCACAGGCUUCUGCAACUAAAUGUCUGCUAGACUGGAUUGGAAACUACUGAUUUGAUGUGUUAUAAUUAAAUGUAUUACACCUAAAAAGUAACUGGAUGUGAAUUGGCUGGUAGACAAAUGCAGUCAAUCUCCCACCAGGACGGAAAUCAAGAAGACAUGAAAAAUGUGGAGUGGAAGGCAACAGGGAAACAAUGUGAACUAGAACAUCCACCGCUGGAGCUGAACGGUUGAUGCUGAGGCGUUGGCUUAAGUAACGGAUCCGUCCUUAGCACCAAUGCAUGAAUGUACUACACAGAUGAACAGACAGUAGAUUUUCCAUGUCCUCUUUAAGGAUGAACUGAAGAGUUAUUAGUUUAAUAUAAAAAUACUUUUUUCUGACACAUUGAAAUCCUGUCUUAAUGCCAAAACGGGGCCAAAGUGUUCAAGAAAACAAAUGGAACUGUUCAACGGUGCAACAUUAGAUGAAUCGCAGUUCAGGUGAGGACGCAAGUGCACAAGUGAAUUUAUUGUUAUAUUAUGUAUUUAUUAUUCAUCCGAACUGAGGAUUCCUGAAAUUCUGAAAGCGGCGAUGAGGCAUCCAGCGACGGUGGAGCACCGCGCUCACUGCGUUUACCGUGUUUGAAGCCACGUUGCCGCUCCUACGGGGUCCUUCUCUCACGGGACGGCGGUUUCCAGAGUAACCUGUGGGGCUGCGGGUAACGCUUCGCGUCUGAUGUGAUACCUGAGCUGAUAAAUUAGACACAACUGCUCUCUGGCGUAUUACGAAACUGGAGGGGAAGCGCUUUACAAUGCGGGACGAGACAAAGGUUUCGUGUAGGCUCUCCAUACAAGAGAAUGAAACUGGGUCAUCGUCUCACUCUGUCCUUGUUAAUUGUCAAAAGGCGAAGGGAUGAUGAGGAAACUCGUCAUGAAAGAGCUGUGGAGCGAGACAAAGGAAUGUUUCAGAAGACCACUGCCAAGUCCCCACAGUGACCCUGAACGCACCCCCACCUCUCUCACACACGUACCGGGUCCUGUUCUGUGCUCGGCCCCUAUGUGGCAAACAGUCGAUAGCAAUUUGAGCUGGUGAUCACUUUAACUGCACAGGAACCUGGGUCAUUGGGGACUAUUUGAUCACUGGACCAGAGCAGGAUUAUAAGUGGACUUGUUUGCAGGCAGCAGGGUGAUGGACAGGCAGGGGUGAGGAUGCAGGAAGCCUUAACUUGAUCUAAAAGCACCUGGAUGUCGGUCGUGGGUUUCUCAUACGUCAGCAUUUACAGCAUCCAGCUGCCUCUGAUAGGAAAGCAGCUCACUUUGGGCCGGACAGGAAGGCUGCAGACAGAGCGUUUCCCCUGCACGACUCGGAGAGACGGAGUCAGAAGCUUUUAUUGGAAGUGUUAAGAAAUUCUGUUUUCUUAUUAAGUCCGAACCAACAGGUAGAAACCCGGGCUGGUCCUGCGUGAGCACACAUGCGAUGCCCCAUUUACACACACGCCAGCCUCCGUCCAACACUGACCACAUACUGCCGAUUCCUCCUGCACUCAUUUCUACAGGAGUGACAGCUGCGGCCUGCGUAUCAUUGUUUUGAUUUAAAAGAGAGGAUAAAUCGUUCCUGGUAAAAACGAGACCCACUGAACAGAUGUGGUUGAACAGCAUCAGCCAGAUGUGCAGGUACUGGUGCAGGUACUGCAGCUACGUCUGGGAGGCUGCGCUGCAGAACCUUCUGAGUAAUCAGAGAAUAUUAUUGAUUUCCAGCAGAUUAUCGCCGCACACAUUGCAGCUUGUUGUUUAUAGUGAUUUGAUGAUGACUAAUGGAUAACGGCUACGCAGCGUGGAAGACAAGUCCUUACACUGCCAUAUUUCUAAAUCACAUAGUCCUUUAAAACUUGAUUAAUGCUGCCUGAAAUCUAAAGGCUGCCGUCUCACAUUUAUCAUUUCUGCACAAUUGGAAUGGUUUUAUAUCUGUAGCCAUCCGAACUGAAAAUACUUUGUGUAGCCCAUUAGUUUUUAAUCAGCUUACCGAGUCUGUGUUAAGUUAUUUAUCUGAUUAAUGUGGAAGGGAAUCUAAAAAAUCUGAAUUCAAGGACCCACUGUGCUCAGUAAAAAAACUGCAGGCAGCCAUCGCUGAGAACAGCAAGGCCCUCUAAAAAAUUCAGAACGAUAAGAUAAUAAUACUUUCAUUUGCUUUUGGGAAAACUUCAAUUAAAACUAAAUGAAGGGCUUUAGUCUUGUAAGGCAUCUCUUUGAAAUCCCACUGUUGUUCAUGGCAGCGCUCACAUCGACUGUACUCACAUCAAGUGUUAUUAAGCUGAAGUUUCAAUCAUUAUUUGAUAUUACUCAAAAGGGUCGAAAGGUUGGUGACAGAGAAGAAGUUAUUAGCUGAACUAAGCAAAUAAGGGACAGAUUAACGACUGCAAUGUAAACAUUUACUGUUUUUUUUCCCCUCUUGAUAUAUUUUCAUUCCCUCUAAGAUGGAACAUGAAUCUUAAGUUGCUGGAACAAGACCAGACAUCCACAGUAGAUGUUGUACAUGUUGCAACAGGCAGCAGACACGACAGAUGGUCGGCUCAAUAAUCUCUGCUGUCUUCAUUAUAACAGGUCACAAAACAAAUCUGUUAAUCAUCUAAUUCUGCUGGAGAAACAACUGAAACUUAACCUGUUGAGUUACACGUUACCCAUUGUUUAAUUCCAGUGUUCUGCUUUUGUCCUAAAAAUAUUAAAUUGAAGCACAGUAGACAAGACAAGCUUCUUAACUUUAUAGCGGGCAAUAAUUGGCAUAAAUACAGUAAGAGCCUCCUCCUCCGUGUGUACAUGUAUUAGGGGAAUUGUAAACUGUAAUAUGUUGUCCUGGUUCAUUAUUGUGCCCUGAUUCUCCCACACAAAAUGUGGGAUUACACUGGGUACAUGAGCUGAAAUACCCUGAAACAGUGUGACAGACGCAGACUACAGGACAGUCUAAUGCUGUUCCUCAUCAGGAGGAAACAAACAAUCGUUACGUUUCAACCUAAUAAAAAUGAAGACAUGCGAAAAUAACGAUCCUGUUGAAAAAGAGUUCAUUUAUAACCCAAAUUAACAUCAAAAGCAAGUUCCUGUUAGAUCCAACUUUGCAAAAAUGAGGCUGUUUUAUGUUAACUUGGCAUCAGGCAGAAGUUUUUCUGGCCAGAAACCUGUAGCCAGCUCCUCUUGGACUAAAGCCAACGUGGUGCCAGUGGGGAUGGAUGAUUCCUAGCAGCGCCGCUGAUUAGCCUGUGCAGCGGACGAACUAAUACAAACAGGACAAAUCUGACUGUCAGUGAUAAUCAGCGCUGCAUAAAUGUGCUGCCUCGCUCACGGCUUUGUUUUCACUGUCUGAAUAACAGCUCCCGUCCAGACCGGCCUGUUAGCCGUUACUGCUGAAAAUGCAACACGCACAAACGGGCUUGGGUCGAGCAACGCCGCCAACAAAAUGAAAUCAAAGACAUUUAUUGUGCUAAGCAUUGUAAAAUAUGAAACAAAUAAAAUAUGUACAACUCAUAAAAUUCUGAUAGUAUUUACAAACAGAACGAGGUGGGAAAGAAUUUAAAAUCACAUUUGGAAAC